AUGGAGCAAACUCAAGCCCCCGAGACCAGAGAGGCCAGACCUCGCCGCAUCCGCCUUCACCACCCUGGCCGCUUCAAAAACUUCACCCUAGGCCUCAUGUGCGCCACCCUCGCCGUCUUCGGCGCCCUCGUCAUGGUCGCACUCGCCCACACUCCCAAGGUGAACAACGAAAUCCAAGCCAUCAACUCGACCACCACCACCGGCGGUGACUCUACUACAGCUGCUAUCAUCGCCGUCACCGCUGUCACUGGCAAUGUCCCUACUCCUGCGGAGAAGGUGCCUCAUCAAGAGGAGGAGAAGGGUCACGUCCUUCCCGAGGUCACUGCCCAGUCCACGACCACGCUCCACAGCGACGAGAACACCACGGUCGUCUUUACUACCACCCACAUAUCCCAGAUCUCGGUCGUCGUUAAGGGUAAUGCUACGUCCGUUUAG